AUGCUGAAGCGUACUAAAUACAGUCGACUGCGCAACGAUUCGCCAACGUCUCUGGAGGAAAACCCCCGGAGAAUGUUGCCACUAAAGCGGGACCUUUGCUUAGACUCUGACUUUGCUCAGCUGGGACCAGGGAUGCCUACACAACAUGGACCAUCCACCCUGAGGGACUUCAUCCCCCGCAUGGCCAACAUCCGACUGCAAAGCCCUAUUUCCUGGCAGGGCAUAAAAGAACAGACAAACAUGACCAGGGGCAGAAGCAUCAGUGCCCUUACUGACAAAACCUUGUCCAGAACAGAGUGGGGCUCAGGAAGCAGUGAGAGAUUUUGCAGCCACCCUUCCCUCAAUGCACCCAUGUCCACUGGUCAAGACCUAACUCACCCUGCUUUGCGCUGCACAAAAAGACCCAUCACACUACAUCGGAUGGCCAGCCUUCCCUGGAACCCUGGCUGUCCUCCCUGCUCACAUCACAAAGCCGGCCUGUGCUGUGUGAAGACUUCCUCUGCAGAAGAUGACCGUACAGUGGUGGGGACAGGAAGCACAAUGGUUCACCAUCACAUCAAGUACAUGGGUAGUGUGGAAGUGACCCAGUCCAUGAGAACCCUUGACUUUGAUACAAGAAUGCAAGUCACACGAGAGGCAAUCAGCAGACUUUGUAUGAGAACAUCGGUCAAAACAGCAGUGAAAACUAAAAGGCCUGUUUGCAAGGCACUGUCUUCUGUUCUGGGUCAAACCAACCUGCAGUUUUCUGGGAGCAGGAUCAUCCUCACUGUCUCCACAGAGAGCAUGACUCUGAUUGCUGCCUCCUCCUUACAGAAGAUUGCCCACCACCCCAUGCAGACCAUUUCAUUUGCCUCUGGUGGAGACUCAGACAUGGCAGAUCACAUUGCUUACGUAGCUAAAGACCUUGCCAAUGAGAGAGCCUGUCACAUCCUGGAGUGUCCCGAGGGUCAGGCCACUGAGGUUAUCAACAGCAUCGGCUGGGCCUUUGAGACUCGCUUCCGCCAACUUCUCAGCCAAACACCAUCACUCCUGUCCACCAGUUCCAGAACAGCAUUGCGAAUCUGUCACAAAUGGUGCCCAGAGGAGAUAACAACAGACCAAAAGGCAAAGCUUGAAGGGGAAGUCAGUGAGCACUGUGACUACUACAACGUGACCCCAGGAGACCCUGGUGGAAUAGAAGACCUGCGGGUCACAGGGAAGGAGAGCAAAGACGAUGCUGACAUGCACAGGGUCUGUUUGUCUCGGCCGGUCUCGCUGUAUGAGAACUGCUCCAUCACAGAUGAGAGUCCAGCGCCACCUACAGAUUUAGUGCAGUCUGAGGUCAGUACUGAACAAUGCACUCCUCUCACUGAGACCCGGGUCCAGAACCUGAUCCAGGAAGAAGGAUGGUUUCAUGGCAGGUUAGGAAGAGAGCAAGCAGAGUCCCUUCUCACCUGCAGUGGGGAUUUCCUGGUCAGAGAGAGCAGCUCUGCUGCUGGUCAAUAUGUACUCAGUGGUAUGGAGGGAGCUACUGUUCGGCACCUACUGCUGGUUGAUCCACACGGACAGGUGCGGACUCGUGAUCAGGUAUUUCUGAGUGUUGGUCACCUGGUGCGCUUCCACAUGGAGAAUCAGAUGCCCAUUGUUUCUGGAACCAGUGAGCUGUGCCUGAAACAGCCAAUCCUACAAACACACAAACAUUCACAGACAGCCAGAUCCAUGGUUUAGAAUUAGCAGUGGUUUCCAAAAUAUUAAAACAGCCGAGAUCUGUGAAAACACUGGACAUAAUUUUUCCAAACCGUUGGGACAAUUUAGCAUUAUUUGAUCAUUAUAACAUGUGUGCUGUCACUUGUCAUGUGUUUUAUUUUUCGUUCUUCUGGUGCCUGUAUUGAUGACAGCCUUUGGCCUGCAGAACAUCCUGUCUCGCUCUCAGGCAGUUUGCUAUUAUUUACUCACUGUCUCAACACAGUCUCUGGUGUUGGCAGGAAAUAACCAGAAGGUUGGCAGACUUUCCAAAUCCUUUUCCACAUACUAUAUUUGUCUUGUGUUCAUUAGUUUUGAUUUUCUUUUGUUAUUGCUCCCAUUUCCCAUGCUUAACUUGAGAAACUAACUUUUCAUCCCACAUAUUUUUUGUUGCAUACUGAAUAUGGAACUGAAAUGGUCUUUGUAUCUAGAAUCCCCAUCUAG